AUGACUGGGAAGGCCAAAGCUGCUCUAGAAGAGCAGACUAUCAGAACUUUGUCAAAGAAGCAUAAAAACAAUAGCAAUGGAGAUAGUGGGAACAUGAACCUAAAAAGGCCAAAAAAAACCCUACUGCCUGGUAACACUCCCACCAAUGGUGCAGGAUCUAUGAAUGAAGAUGAGCCAGUUGACAAAAAUAGGCCUGCUGUUGUGCGUACUAAGGAAGAAGAGAAUGCAUUGUACAAAGAUGAUGAUAUGGCAGAAGAUGAGCUCUAUGAGGCAUAUAAUGAAGACAGAUUUGUUGACAAGGCUGAGUUGUUGGAUGAGGGGAUUCAAGCAGUCAAGUUAGUGCUUGUCAAGGUGCACAAGCUUGCAUAA